AUGUACAUUGAGAUGCGACAGCCACUUAGUGCUCGAAGCCCGGAACAAAAACAAAACACACAACAAGUCAGAGGCGAACUGGCGUCGAUCCAUCAGGCGCAGGAUAUUCGCUCGUCCUACCGUGAUGCCGUACCUAGAAACGGGCUGGGGGCGCGCAAGCUAAUUGGAAACUUAUGCGCCGGUGGCACGGUCCUUUAUCGCCCGGCGGAAGCG